CAACAUUCAUUUUUUAUAUUUCAUACGUUAAUCAUAUGUUUUAACAUUUUCUUCCACCAUAUGAUUACAGAUUACUUAUGUCUUCUGUGAUUACAGUUUACUAUUCGACCAUCAACAAUCUAACCAAAGAAAACACUUCGCCCUAACCUAUAAACACAUCAUUUGAUCACACGUGUGUUUAUAAACUAUUACGCUGUUAACACACUCAGCAACUCACCACAAAUCAAAAUGCCGAAGGUGAGGUCGACGGCGGGUGCCCCCCGUAAACAGGGCUUCAACAGAUCUCAACACUCCAUGAACCCCGAGAGACCCAAAGAAGGGUUGAAAGGAGUGGCCAAGCCCAGGACCAAAGGCACAAUCAAAAGGUUGCAGAUGUACAGGAACUUCAAAGCCAAGAGAGACAAAUCAGGAAAAAUUUUAACCCCCGCCCCAUUUCAAGGGUGGUUGGCGUCAGGUGUGCAAGCUAGGGUGGAACCAAACCAGAAGUGGUUUGGCAACAGCAGGGUCAUCUCACAAAAUGCCUUGCAAAAGUUCCAAACAGAAUUGGGGGCGGCAAUAAAGAACCCCUAUCAGAUGGUUAUGAAGCCCACCCAACUUCCGAUCACUUUGCUUAAUGAGACAGCCAAAAAUUCCAGAGUACAUAUUCUUGACACAGAAAGUUUCGACAGUGUCUUUGGUCCUAAAAAGAGCAGGAAGCGCCCAAACAUAGCUGUUAAAGGACUGGAAGAGCUAUCACAGGUGGCUGAAAAGAAACAGGAAGAAUACAGCAAUGAAAAAGACACCAAUUUAGUAAGAGAUAAUGGUGGAGUAAAAGAUCUACCCAGAGAUUGGGUAAUGGCUGCAGGACAAUCCAAAAGAAUCUGGAAUGAAUUAUAUAAAGUAGUGGACAGUUCUGAUGUCCUGCUACAAGUAUUGGAUGCCAGAGAUCCAAUGGGCACCAGGUCCCCUUACUUGGAAAAAUAUUUGAAGACAGAAAAGCCACACAAACAUUUAAUAUUUAUUCUGAACAAAGUAGAUUUGGUACCAACCUGGGUGACACAGAGGUGGGUUGCAAUUUUGAGCAAGGAAUACCCAACAGUCGCCUUCCAUGCAAGUAUUACACAUCCCUUCGGUAAAGGAAGUCUGAUAAAUUUACUCAGACAGUUAGCAAAACUCCAUAUUGACAAGAAACAAAUAUCAGUUGGUUUCAUUGGAUAUCCAAAUACAGGAAAGUCCUCAAUUAUCAACACCUUGAGAAGCAAAAAGGUUUGUAAAGUUGCCCCAAUUGCUGGUGAAACAAAAGUUUGGCAAUACAUUACUUUAAUGAGGAGGAUUUAUUUGAUUGAUUGUCCUGGAGUUGUGUAUCCUUCUGCUGAGACAGACACUGAGAAGGUUUUGAAGGGGGUUGUAAGAGUGGAGUUGGUUAACAAUCCUGAGGAUUACAUUGCUCCUGUUUUGGAAAGGGUGAAAAGGGAGUAUAUUAACAAAACUUACAAAGUAGAGGACUGGAAAGAUCACAUUGAAUUUUUGGAAAAAUUGGCAAAGAGGUCAGGAAAGUUGCUGAAAAAGGGUGAGCCAGACAUUUCAAGUGUGGCCAAAAUGGUAUUAAAUGACUGGCAAAGAGGUAAACUACCAUUCUUCGUCUGUCCAGAAGGUUAUGAACAACCAUUACCUAAGGAAGAAAGCACUGAAGGUAAUAUUAGUGUGGUGCAAGACUUCAGAAAAAUUAAAGUAGGACUCUCCUAUGAUGGUGAGGAUGUUAAAGAUUUGGAACCUAUUCAAAACAUUGAAAAGGCUGUUGAAGAAUACCCAGAAAGUGUAGCUAAUGACAGUCAAGCCUCAGUAGCUGAUGAGACUACUGAAAGUACCCAGAAUGACAUUUCUGAUUCAGAUUCGGAAAUCAGCAACUUCUACUCAGACUAUGAGGGAAGUGACGUGGAGAAUAACGUCAAAGUUCUUGCAGAAACUGCAAGUGGUGACUUUGAAGUUGAAGUUGUGUCUAAGAAGAAGAAAAAGAAGAGGGUUAUUGAGGAGGAAGAUGGUCCUCCAGUGAAAAAAUUGACCAGCAAGCAAAAGAGAGCCAUUGAAAGGGCAAAUAAGAGGAAGAAGAUUGGAAGCAAUUUCUAUGAAGUAACAAAUGUUAAAAAUAGGAACAGAAAUAAAAAGAAGAAGGUGUAAUCAUCUUAUGUUUAUUUUUUUAUUUAAAUUGUUUUGAAUAAAUAAUAUAAAAAUGUUGAAAAUGAAA